AUGGGGUCAAAAACAUUUUGUCUGCUGAUGCUCUACUGCUGUAUUCACAUCUGCGAUGUUUCUCCGCUCAUUCGUCCCAGUAACGGACUCAAUGAGUGUCACAAAAACUCAAGUUUACCAGCGCUGGAGGUUCUGCCAGGAGGAGGCUGGGAUAAUCUGCGCAACAUAGACAUGGGCCGGGUGAUGAAUCUGAGCUAUUCCCAGUGUCAGACCACAGAAGAUGGAGUCUAUCUCAUUCCAGAUGAAGUCUUCGUCAUUCCACAGAAAGUGAGCGGAGUGGAAACAAACUCUGAGAUCAUCAUGUCAUGGCUGGAACAGACAAGCGACACUUCAAGCUCCAUCAAUGCAGAUGUUUCCUUUUAUUCAGUGCUCAAUGGGAAAUUCUCUAAAGAAAACCAGCGGAUGAAAACCCACCAAGUGAAGGAGAGUUCUGUAACAGCACGAGUUCAAGUCCGUAACCAUCUGUACACAGUAAAAACGUAUCCUGACUUCCCUUUUGACAUCCGCUUUGCUCAACAGGCUGAGGAAAUCGCAGAUGCUAUUGAAAACAAUCAAACACGUCUAGCAACUUACCUGUCAGAGAAACUCAUACUGGAUUAUGGCACCCAUGUCAUCACAAGUGUUGAUGCUGGUGCCACUUUGGUGCAAGAGGAAUAUUUAAAAAUGUCUUAUGUCACAAAGAAUCAGUUACAAAUGUCUUCUCUUUCUGCAUCAGCAGGUCUUUCCUUCUUUGAAAAACUUAAAUUUGAUUUUGACAGCAAUGGAUUCCAAAAAAACAAUCAAAUCAGCGGUUAUCAGGGUAACAUCACAUAUUCAUUCAUGCAGAGCCAUGGUGGGGCUUUAUUCUAUCCAGGCAUCACUCUGCAGAAGUGGCAAGAGAGUACACUCAAUAAUCUGGUGGCUAUCGACCGCUCCGGUCUGCCGAUUCACUAUUUUCUGAAUCCAUCGACAUUCCCAGACCUCCCAGUACCAACAGUAAAUAAAUUAGCUUUGUUAGUUUCUCAGGCUGCAGAGCAAUACUAUAAAAUAAAUACCAUUCCAGGGUGUAUAAGUCCAGAUUCCAAAAACUUCAACUUUCAGGCAAAUAUAGAUGAUGCAUCUUGUGAGGGUCCAGUCACCAAUCUUAGCUUUGGUGGCAUUUACCAACAAUGCACUCCACUGACAUCAGAUGGAAGUACAAUCUGUGAUGGGACAGCACAGAGAAACCCAGCUACAGGUGAUUAUUCUUGUCCUUUACAGUACAUUUCCACCCUAUUACGCUCUGAGACUGUAGAACGAGGUUAUAAUCGUUACGAAUGCCAAAAGAAAUGUCGUUCAUGUGGUUUCUUGUGGUUCUCUACUUGUUGUGACCAAACAUGUAAGGAUGUUUACUAUGUCUGUCGUGCAAAGGUAGACACCUACUGGUGUUCCACAAGUCAGACAACCCAGUUGAACUCUGGAUACCUCUUUGGAGGUCUACAUGGACCAUCUUUGCAAAAUCCAUUUACCAAAUCUUAUAGCUGUCCUCCAAAUUUCUUUAUGCAAAAGUUUUUGUCUAGUGGUAUGGUGGUUUGUCUGAGCAAAGAUUAUGUCACAACAACUACAUAUUCCGUGACAUUUGGUGGCUUCUUCAGCUGCCAGUCUGGUAACCCUCUCUCAGAUGGUCAAUCUCGCUGUCCACCUCAGUUCAGCCAACAUCUUGCUGCCAUUAGUGAUGGCUGUGAGAUAUUGUACUGUGUCCAGUCCGGUGUAUUUAGUGGUGGUCAGUUAAAACCUGUCCGUCUCCCACCAUUCAUAAGCCCACCGCUGGUUGGCAUGAUGGGCACAAACUCUGUAGCUGUAAUGACAGAAGGUGAUGUUUUCUGGGUAAGAGUUGGAAAAGCAAGAACAUGGUAUCGGGCAGAUCCUGUUGAAAUAAAUCAGAUGUUUGGGAGGUCUGGAGGAGAAAAGGUUGGUGUAACCUAUGGUCAGAUAGCUUUAAUUACUCUUGUAAUAUCAGGGUUAGUUGUUUAA